CGGCGAGGCGUUUUUCACCGGUGGUCCUCUACUGUUUGAAUCUUCCUUUCAGGCCUGAAAGGUUUUAUGAUCUCUUCUUCUUCUUCUUCUUCUUCUUCUUCUUCUUCUUCUUCUUCUUCUUCUUCUUCUUACGGCCUCUAAUUAAGAUAAUUCCUGGGACUGCUCAUUGGUUUAUAAUUGUUACCGAAUCGUUUAUGAUUUUUUUGUGUGUGUGCUGCUGCUGUGGCUUUUUGCCUUGGUUAUUGCAUUCGUAGCAAUGAGCUUUUGUGAUAUAGGGUUCAUGGAUUGGGUUUUAUGGUUUAUCAGAACGAAUUAUAUCACAAAUGGAGUGGCUUAAAAGAGAGACUAGAGAUGGAGUUGGAUCCGAAGAAGUUUGCUCAACUAUUGAACAAAAUUGAAGCUGAAGCUGAUGAGUUCCUACUAGCUCGGAAUCAGAUAGUGGAGAAUGACAAAGAGAGGAAUGCAAACCGAGAGGCUCUUACAGCACUUAGAAAGAGAGCUCGGACAACUAAGACUAGUGUUCUUUCUCCAUUUGAUUCUAUGAUGAAGGAUAUACAUAGUAGCUCAACCAAACCUUUGGUCCAAGAAGUUUGCUCCACGUGUGGAUCACAUGACUCUAGUGAACCCACUUGGAUGAUGCUACCAGGAGCUGAUCUAUUUGCUGCAGUUCCCUUUCAUGCUGUGCAUACGAUGUUAGAGAAAGAUGAAGAGAAAUUAGAGUUUGAAUCGAAAAAGUUGCAGAGCUUAGUGAAGGACAAGGCUCUUUUUAUAUCGGAACUAGGUGCUCUUGCUGAUAGUACGUCCCCAGGCGUUAUCAGAUCGUUAGUGGCGUUAAAGGACAACAAACCUUUAUUUAAGUAGAAGUAGAACAGUGUUGGAUUAUCAUCAUCGGCGACAACGUUAUUCAUUUGUGAUGUUGAAGUUUUGAUGUCCCUAUUAAAAUCACAAUUUUUUCCUUGU